ACAGACGCUUUUGACACACCACGCAGGUACGAAGGGUGGGGCAUGAGCCUAAUAUUAGUGAUGUUUUAAUUUUCCGUCAAGUGGUUUGAUUGCCUCAGAUUGAUUGGGCUAUUUGUGUUGUUCAAAAUAAAAUCAAAGUUUAUGAAAUGAGGGCAAUCUUGGUUAUCAUUUCCUUGUGUUCCUUCUCCUAUGCAGAUGUUUGUAUCUAUCCAUUGAUCAACGAACAAACAAGAAUCACAGCCACUUCAUCUAUGCCUGGUAGAGGUCCAGAGAAUGCUAGAUUACUGGGCGGAAGUGCAUGGACGGCGAAAAAUCAAGACUUCAGCCAGUAUCUUACACUGGAUCUAGGCGAUAUCAUGAACGUGACUGGUAUAGCUACGCAAGGUCGUAAUUCCCCCAAAGAGUUUGUGAUGGAAUAUGGCAUCAGCUACGGCUCUAACGGGCUUGACUACGCAGACUACCGUGAAGUGGACGGCAGUACAAAGAUGUUCAAAGGUAACACGGACGGAGAUGGGAUCCGGAGAAACCGUUUUGAAACGCCCAUCGUCGCACAGUACAUCCGCAUAAAUCCAACGAGAUGGAACGAUCGUAUUUCCAUGAGGGUGGAACUUUAUGGCUGCCCUUAUGUUGCUGACGUACUUUACUUUAAUGGCACGGCUCUUCUCACGCGCAAUUUGGAAAAUGACCCCAUCACGUCACGGAGAGACAGCAUUCAACUUCGCUUCCGUACCAAUCGAGCUGAUGGAGUUCUUAUUUACAGUCGUGGUAGCCAAGGCGAUAUUUUUGCCUUACAGCUGGUUAACAAUAGAAUGCUACUAAACAUCGACCUGGGCGCUGGCCUGCUGACCAGCCUUUCAGUUGGCAGCUUGCUCGAUGACAAUCUUUGGCACGAUGUAAGAAUCCUCCGUAACCGACGCGAAGUUAUUUUUACUGUCGACCGCGUUAUGAUCCGAGAAAAAGUGAAGGGAGAUUACGCUCAACUGGACCUUAACCAUAAUUUCUAUAUUGGCGGUGUCCCCAAUAUGCAAGAAGGCCUCGUCGUGACUCAGAAUUUCACCGGUUGCAUUGAGAACAUGUAUUUGAAUUACACCAAUGUAAUCCAGGCCGUCAAGGACUAUCGGCAUGAAGAUUAUUACAAAUACCAGCGAGUUCAAGCCCUCAGCUCCUGCCCUCAGGAACCUAUCGUGCCUAUUACUUUCCUGACUGCCAACUCUUAUGCCAAAUUACCCGGGUACGAAGGCGUUAGUUCCCUGAACUUAUCAUUAGAUUUUCGUACUUUUGAAGAAAAUGGACUUCUUGCUUACCAUCGUUUCACGUCUCCUGGAUUCGUGAAACUAUUUAUUGAAACCGGAAAAAUUAAAGUUGAAAUUGCUGCCGAAAAUGUGCCCAAAGUUACCCUCGACAACUUCGGAACGGAUCUGCUCAAUGACGGACGUUGGCACAAAGUUAUCAUGACACUUUCAACUAAUUCCAUGGUGUUGAGCGUCGAUGGCCGCCCAAUGAAAACUGUACGCCUCAUGACUUUCCGCACAGGAUCGAGCUACUUGAUUGGUGGUGGCGUUCCCAGCUCAUCUGGUUUCAUUGGCUGCAUGCGCCAAAUCAAUGUUGACGGACAUUACAAGAGCCCACUGAACUGGAAAGACGAAGAAUUCUGCUGUAAGGGUGAAAUAGUCUUCGAUGCCUGCCAAAUGGUUGAUCGCUGCAACCCCAAUCCUUGCGAGCACAGAGGAGUCUGCAAGCAAACAUCCGAAGAAUUCUAUUGCGAUUGCGCCGGAACUGGUUACGCCGGAGCGGUUUGCCACAUGUCAGCUAAUCCUGUCUCUUGUGAGAGCUUCCGACAAUCCGGAGCCAAUGCCAGCCCUGUUGAUAUCAGCAUUGAUGUUGAUGGAAGUGGUCCGCUACGUGCAUUCCCUGUCACUUGCGAAUUUUUCAGCGACGGCCGAACAUACACCUACGUCGGACACAAGAAUGAUCAAACAACGGUAGUUAACGGCUUUGAAGCGCCUGGUAGCUUCGUUCAAGACAUUGCCUACAAUGCUGAUGUUGACCAAAUGGAGAUCUUGAUGAACCGUUCCUACACCUGUCGCCAGCGUCUCCGCUAUGAAUGCCGUCGUUCACGUUUGCUCAACUCACCGUCACCGGAAACGCAAGAAUUCCGUCCCUACAGUUGGUGGAUGUCGAGGCAAAAUCAGCGAAUGGAUUACUGGGCUGGCGCGCUUCCCGGCUCGCGCAAAUGCGAAUGCGGUAUUGACGGAACUUGUGUGGAUCGCACCAAAUGGUGUAACUGCGAUGCUGCGUUGGACACUUGGGCAGCUGACGAAGGAGAAAUUUUAGACAAGGAAUACCUUCCUGUACGCCAAUUGCGUUUCGGAGACACUGGCACUCCUCUGGAUGAGAAAGAAGGAAAGUACACUUUAGGCCCACUUCUUUGCGAAGGCGAUGUCUUGUACGACAAUGUGGUAACAUUCCGUGUGGGAGAUGCCACCAUCGAUUUCCCCACCUUCGAUAUGGGUCACAGUGGUGACUUGACUUUUGAAUUCAAAACCACGGUUCAAAAUGCUGUGUUGAUCCAUAGCAAAGGACCGAGCGAUUUCAUCAAAGUGUCCAUUUCUGGUGGCGACACUUUACAGUUUGAGUAUCAAGCUGGAUCUGGAGCUCGUACUGUAACUGUCGAAACAUCCAACAAGUUGAGCGAUAAUCAGUGGCACUCUGUUUCUAUCGAGCGUAAUCGCAAGGAAGCUCGUAUGAUUGUUGAUGGAGCUUUAAAGUCGCAAAUUCGAGAACCUCCUGGACCCAUUAGGGCUAUGCUCUUGACUUCACCUCUUGUGGUGGGUGCCACUGUCGAUUACCGCGAUGGAUUUGUUGGUUGCAUGCGUGGCCUAAUGGUUAACGGCCGUCAUCUUGACAUGAGAGCUGCUGCUCUGGCUGGUCUUUACGGUAUCGGCAUCGGGUGCACGGGUAAGUGUGACAGUAAUCCGUGCCUCAACAAUGGAACUUGCCACGAGAAAUACGACAGCUAUCAUUGCGACUGUCGAUUCACAUCAUUCAAAGGUCCCAUCUGUGCCGACGAAAUUGGUGUCAAUAUGCAGAGCAAUUACAUGAUUCAGUACGAUUUUGCUGGAUCAUACAAAUCGACGCUGUCUGAAAAGAUUCGUGUUGGAUUCACUACAACAGACCCCAAGGGAAUCCUUAUGGGUCUUUAUUCUGACAUCAGCAAGGAAUAUCUCACAUUGCAGGUGUCAAAUAGUGGCCAUCUGCGUCUGGUUUUCGACUUUGGGUUUGAACGUCGUGAAAUUAUCUUCGAGGACCAGAAUUUCGCUACUGGCCAAUUUCACGAUGUGCGGAUUCGACGUGAAGAAUCAGGCACUCGGGUUGUAAUGGAAGUUGACAGCUACGAACCUCGUUCAAUUACUUACAAGAUUAACCCUUCGGCCGACGCCCAGUUUAACAACAUUCAACAUCUUUACCUUGGACGAAACAAAACUAUGGCCGAAGGUUUUAUCGGCUGCAUUUCUCGUGUCGAAUUUGAUGACAUAUAUCCACUCAAGUGGCUAUUUCAACAGAAUCCUCCUCCAAAUAUCAUGAAGGAACCCAGUUCCAUAUCAGAGGAUUUCUGUGGCAUUGAACCUGUCACCAACCCACCGGAUGUACGAGAGACGAGACCUCCUCCCAUCGUCGAUGAGGACAAACUACAAGAGUUUUAUCCACCAGCUCAUUCCGCUAUUUUGGGCGGCAUUUUAGCUGUCCUCUUCAUUGCCCUUGUUUGUAUGGCCAUCCUAAUCGGACGUUAUAUGUCUCGCCACAAGGGAGAUUAUGUUACGCAAGAAGACAAAGGAGCAGAGUACGCGCCAGAUGAGCAUUUUGCCGUCAUGCAAGGAGCUACAGGUCAUCAAGUUCAACAAAAGAAGGAAAUUUUUAUCUAGGCUGUGUAUCAUUUAGAAGAAAACAACAAUUGGAGCGAAAGUAUGAUUUUUUGGAUGACUGACAUGUUGUCUUGGUUGAUCCUUUUCCGUCCCUUUCCGUGAAUCUCACGUGCAGUUUUUUUCCCAUUUUAUAAGCCAUCACGUUUUUAUUACAUUCACUUUUUCUCCCAUAAUUUGAUUGUGAUCGCCAAUUCCAUUUUUUCUUAUCUCUUUCAUUACAUUAGGUGACUUGAUGUGGUUGUUGUGCAUUGUCGAUGACGAGGAAAUAGAAUUCUUUUGUUAACUGA